AUGACGAUAUUCCAAAAGAUAGGACUACAUAUUCGGGUGAAAUUGAAGGAAAUGGGAGCACGGGAGCCCCAUUGCAUAAACGAUGCACACCACGGAUCAACACCACCACCACUAGACACCAAUAGACGACGAGAUUUGAGUUUGUCUCCAUCCAAUUUGAGCAGAAAGACCAAGGACAAGGACAAGGCCCCGCUACAUUCACGAAGGUCGUCCGUGACUUUUCCCGACGGCGCUAUACCAGAAGAAUAUGGGUUGCCGCCGAUCACAAGAUACAAAGACGUGGAGGGGCUCCAGAAGUUUGAGUUAAUUCGGUACCUUGAUGGGUUCAACAUGUCACACGAGGGCAAAACUGAAGACGAAAUGAAAACAUAUUUGAAGGGAUUUUGUACGAAAUGA